AUGUUUACAAUCACAGCUUCCAUGAAGCAGGCUGGCGCUCACCGGACAGCUACUAUUACCGGGCGGAUACUUCGAUGCCAAACUAACUUGGCAAAGCGGACCUUUGUCUCAACAACCGUACGACUGUCACAACCGCAGCAGAAAUACUCCAAAGUCUACGGAACUGCGGAUGAGGCUGUUGCGGAUGUGAAGAGUGGUUCUACAAUUCUUAGUUCUGGCUUUGGACUCUGCGGAGUGGCUGAAACCAUAAUCGAAGCGCUCAAUCGUCGAGGCGCCGAAUCUUUACAUUCACUCACUGCAGUCUCGAACAAUGCGGGGAUAGAAGGCAAGGGUGGACUGUCAAUACUUUCUAAAGCCGGCCAAGUGAGCAAUCUGGUCUUGUCCUAUCUCGGGAACAACAAGGCAUUGGAGAAGAAAUACCUCAGUGGGGAGUUGGCAAUUGAGCUAUGUCCUCAAGGAACGCUCGCUGAACGAUUGCGAGCCGGGGGUGCAGGCAUUCCCGCAUUUUACACCCCCACAGGUGCACAUACAUUGCUUCAAGAAGGUGAAAUACCCAUCAGACUCGGACCCUCGGGGAAAGCCCUCGAACGAGGCAAACCUCGUGAGACCAGAGAAUUUGAUGGCCGCGCCUUUCUGCUGGAGACUGCUCUCACAGGCGAUGUUGCUAUUCUACGAGCAUGGAAGGUCGACAAGGCUGGAAACUGCGUUUUCAGAUAUACCACCAAAGCCUUUGGCCCACUGAUGGCCAAAGCCGCCAAGGUCACCAUCGUCGAGGCAGAAAACAUUGUUGAAAUUGGCGAAAUCGACCCCAAUGAUGUCGACUUGCCCGGAAUUUUUGUUGACCGCGUUGUCCCCGCCACCGCUGAGAAGAAAAUCGAAGUUCUCAAACUGCGUGAUCCAGCUGAGGAAGCCGACGUGAAGAGCUCAUCACCCAAGAAUCUGGCACAGGAGAAGAGAAACCGAAUUGGACGACGAGCGUCAGAGGAGUUAAAGGAAGGGUUUUAUGUGAACCUGGGAGUUGGAAUCCCAACUCUGGCUGCCACAUUUAUCCCACCCGGUCGAACAGUCUGGAUCCAAUCUGAGAACGGAAUCCUCGGUAUGGGUCCAUACCCAACCAAGAGCGAAGUUGAUGCCGAUAUUGUCAACGCCGGCAAAGAGACCGUCACACUUGUCCCUGGUGCGUCUUGCUUUGACUCGUCAGAGUCAUUUGGCAUGAUUCGCGGUGGCCAUGUGGACGUAUCCAUUCUAGGGGCUCUUCAGGUCAGCGCAAACGGUGACCUGGCCAACUUUAUGAUCCCAGGCAAGGUCUUCAAGGGCAUGGGCGGUGCUAUGGACCUCGUUGCCAACCCGGACCAGACCAAGAUUGUCGUUGCGACGGAACAUGUCGCCAAGAAUGGCUCGUCAAAGAUUGUUGAGCAAUGUAAUUUGCCAUUGACGGGUGCGAGAGUGGUCAGCACCAUCAUCACUGAUCUCUGCGUAUUCCAAGUCGACCGCAAGAAGGGCGGCUUGACUCUAACGGAACUAGCUCCCGGAGUGACUGUCGACGAGGUGAGAAGCAAGACGGAUGCCAAGUUUGAGGUGGCUGAUGGAGUGCAGACGAUGGAGUAA